CACCACUCAGAACCCAGGGAGCUACCAAGAGCCCGGCUGUGUGCAGCUCUAGCGCCGACGUCGCCAACGUGGCGCACAGUGCUGACGCAGUACGCAAGUUCGUCGGGAUGGUCCUCCGCCGGCGACGUCGCUGCGUCACUGGUUUGCAGGCGCUUUCCUCUUGGAAGUUGCGACUGCUGCGGGGCUGAGCGCUGGUCUCCCGCGCCUCGGGAGCCAGGUUGGCGGCGCGAUGAGGCGCAGCAAGGCCGACGUGGAGCGGUACAUCGCCUCGGUGCAGGGCUCCGCCCCGUCGCCUCGAGAGAAGUCAAUGAAAGGAUUCUAUUUUGCAAAGCUGUAUUAUGAAGCUAAAGAAUAUGAUCUUGCUAAAAAAUACAUAUGUACUUAUAUAAAUGUGCAAGAGAGAGAUCCCAAAGCUCACAGAUUUCUGGGUCUUCUUUAUGAAUUGGAAGAAAACACAGACAAAGCUGUUGAAUGUUACAGGCGUUCAGUGGAAUUAAACCCAACACAAAAAGAUCUUGUGUUGAAGAUUGCAGAAUUGCUUUGUAAAAAUGAUGUUACUGAUGGAAGAGCAAAAUACUGGGUUGAAAGAGCAGCUAAACUUUUCCCAGGAAGUCCUGCAAUUUAUAAACUAAAGGAACAGCUUCUAGAUUGUGAAGGUGAAGAUGGAUGGAAUAAACUUUUUGACUUGAUUCAGUCAGAACUUUAUGUAAGACCUGAUGACGUCCAUGUGAACAUCCGGCUAGUGGAGUUGUAUCGCUCAAAUAAAAGGUUGAAGGAUGCUGUGGCCCACUGCCAUGAGGCAGAGAGGAACAUAGCUUUGCGUUCAAGUUUAGAAUGGAAUUCAUGUGUUGUACAGACCCUUAAGGAAUAUCUGGAGUCUUUAGAGUGUUUGGAGUCUGAUAAAAGUGACUGGCGAGCAACCAAUACAGACUUACUGCUGGCCUAUGCUAAUCUCACACUUCUUACGCUUUCCACUAGAGAUGUGCAGGAAAGUAGAGAAUUACUGGAAAGUUUUGAUAGUGCUCUUCAGUCUGUGAAAUCUUCUUUGGGUGGAAAUGAUGAACUGUCAGCUACUUUCUUAGAAAUGAAAGGACAUUUCUACAUGCAUGCUGGUUCUCUGCUUUUGAAGAUGGGUCAGCAUAGUGAUGUUCAAUGGCGAGCUCUUUCUGAGCUGGCUGCAUUGUGCUAUCUCAUAGCAUUUCAGGUUCCAAGACCAAAGAUUAAAUUAAUAAAAGGAGAAACUGGACAAAAUCUGCUGGAAAUGAUGGCCUGUGACCGUCUGAGCCAAUCAGGGCACAUGUUGCUAAACUUAAGUCGUGGAAAGCAAGAUUUUUUAAAAGAUAUUGUCGAGUCUUUUGCCAACAAAAGCGGGCAGUCUGCAUUGUAUGAUGCUCUGUUUUCUAGUCAGUCACCUAAGGAUACAUCUUUUCUUGGUAGUGAUAGUAUUGGAAACAUUGAUGUACAAGAACCAGAGCUUGAAGAUUUGGCUAGAUACGAUGUUGGCGCUAUUCGGGCACAUAAUGGUAGUCUUCAGCACCUUACUUGGCUUGGCUUACAGUGGAAUUCAUUGCCUGCCUUACCUGCAAUCCGAAAAUGGCUAAAACAGCUUUUCCAUCAUUUGCCCCAGGAAACCUCAAGGCUUGAAACAAAUGCACCUGAAUCAAUAUGUAUUUUAGAUCUUGAAGUAUUUCUACUUGGAGUAGUAUAUACCAGCCACUUACAAUUAAAGGAGAAAUGUAAUUCUUACCACAGCUCCUAUCAGCCGUUAUGCCUGCCCCUUCCUGUGUGUAAACAACUUUGUACAGAACGACAAAAGUCUUGGUGGGAUGCGGUUUGUACUCUGAUUCACAGAAAAGCAGUACCUGGAAACUCAGCAAAAUUGCGACUUCUAGUUCAGCAUGAAAUAAACACUCUAAGAGCCCAGGAAAAACAUGGCCUUCAACCUGCUCUGCUUAUACAUUGGGCAAAAUGCCUUCAGAAAACGGGCAGCGGUCUUAAUUCUUUUUAUGAUCAACGAGAAUACAUAGGGAGAAGUGUUCAUUAUUGGAAGAAAGUUUUGCCAUUGUUGAAGAUAAUAAAAAAGAAGAACAGUAUUCCUGAACCUAUUGAUCCUCUGUUUAAACAUUUUCAUAGUGUAGACAUUCAGGCAUCAGAAAUUGGUGCAUAUGAAGAAGACGCACACAUAACUUUUGCUAUAUUGGAUGCAGUAAAUGGAAAUAUAGAAGAUGCUAUGACUGCUUUUGAAUCUAUAAAAAGUGUUGUUUCUUAUUGGAAUCUUGCACUGAUUUUUCACAGAAAGGCAGAAGACAUUGAAAAUGAUGCCCUUUCUCCUGAAGAACAAGAAGAAUGCAAAAAUUAUCUGAGAAAGACCAGGGACUACCUAAUAAAGAUUUUAGAUGACAGUGAUUCAAAUCUUUCAGUGGUCAAGAAAUUGCCUGUGCCCCUGGAGUCUGUAAAAGAGAUGCUUAAUUCAGUCAUGCAGGAACUCGAAGACUAUAGUGAAGGAGGUCCUCUUUAUAAAAACGGUUCUUCGCGAAAUGCAGAUUCAGAAAUAAAACAUUCUACACCGUCUCCUACCAAAUAUUCACUAUCACCAAGUAAAAGUUACAAGUAUUCCCCCAAAACACCACCUCGAUGGGCAGAAGAUCAGAAUUCUUUACUGAAAAUGAUUUGCCAACAAGUAGAGGCCAUUAAGAAAGAAAUGCAGGAGUUGAAACUAAAUAGCAGUAACUCAGCAUCCCCUCAUCGUUGGCCCACAGAGAGUUAUGGACCAGACUCAGUGCCUGAUGGGUAUCAGGGGUCACAGACAUUUCAUGGGGCUCCACUAACAGUUGCAACUACUGGCCCUUCAGUAUAUUAUAGUCAGUCACCAGCAUAUAAUUCCCAGUAUCUUCUCAGACCAGCAGCUAAUGUUACUCCCACAAAGGGCCCAGUCUAUGGCAUGAAUAGGCUUCCACCCCAACAGCAUAUUUAUGCCUAUCCGCAACAGAUGCACACACCACCAGUGCAAAGCUCAUCUGCUUGUAUGUUCUCUCAGGAGAUGUAUGGUCCUCCUGCAUUGCGUUUUGAGUCUCCUGCAACAGGAAUUCUAUCGCCCAGGGGUGAUGAUUACUUUAAUUACAAUGUUCAGCAGACAAGCACAAAUCCACCUUUGCCAGAACCAGGAUAUUUCACAAAACCUCCAAUUGCAGCUCAUGCUUCAAGAUCUGCAGAAUCUAAGACUAUAGAAUUUGGGAAAACUAAUUUUGUUCAGCCCAUGCCAGGUGAAGGAAUAAGGCCAUCUUUGCCAACACCAGCACACACAACACAGCCACCUCCUUUUAAAUUUAACUCAAAUUUCAAAUCAAAUGAUGGUGACUUCACAUUUUCCUCACCACAGGUUGUGACACAGCCCCCUCCUGCAGCUUACAGUAACAGUGAAAGCCUUUUAGGUCUCCUAACUUCAGAUAAACCCUUGCAAGGAGAUGGCUAUAGUGGACCCAAACCAAUUCCUGGUGGUCAGACCAUUGGGCCUCGAAAUACAUUCAAUUUUGGAAGCAAAAAUGUGUCUGGAAUUUCGUUUACAGAAAACAUGGGGUCAGCUCAGCAAAAGAAUUCUGGUUUUCGGCGAAGUGAUGAUAUGUUUACUUUCCGUGGUCCAGGGAAAUCAGUAUUUGGAACACCCACUUUAGAGACAGCAAACAAGAAUCAUGAGACAGAUGGAGGAAGUGCCCAUGGGGAUGAUGAUGAUGAUGGUCCUCACUUUGAGCCUGUAGUACCUCUUCCUGAUAAGAUUGAAGUAAAAACUGGUGAGGAAGAUGAAGAAGAAUUCUUUUGCAACCGUGCGAAAUUGUUCCGUUUUGAUGUAGAAUCCAAAGAAUGGAAGGAACGUGGGAUUGGCAAUGUAAAAAUACUGAGGCAUAAAACAUCUGGUAAAAUUCGCCUUCUAAUGAGACGAGAGCAAGUGUUGAAAAUCUGUGCAAAUCAUUAUAUCAGUCCAGAUAUGAAAUUGACACCAAAUGCUGGAUCAGACAGAUCUUUUGUAUGGCAUGCCCUUGAUUAUGCAGAUGAGUUGCCAAAACCAGAACAACUUGCUAUUAGGUUCAAAACUCCUGAAGAAGCAGCACUUUUUAAGUGCAAGUUUGAAGAAGCCCAGAGCAUUUUAAAAGCCCCAGGAACAAAUGUAGCCACAGCAUCAAAUCAGGCUAUCAGAAUUGUAAAAGAACCCACAAGUCAUGAUAACAAGGAUAUUUGCAAAUCUGAUGCUGGAAACAUGAAUUUUGAAUUUCAAGUUGGAAAGAAAGAAGGGUCUUGGUGGCAUUGUAACAGCUGCUCAUUAAAGAAUGCUGCAACUGCUAAGAAAUGUGUAUCAUGCCAAAAUCUAAACCCAAGCAAUAAAGAACUCGUUGGCCCACCAUUAGCUGAAACUGUUUUUACUCCUAAAACUGGCCCAGAGAAUAUUCAAGAUCGAUUUGCAUUGAUGACUCCAAAGAAAGAAGGUCACUGGGAUUGUAGUAUUUGUUUAGUAAGAAAUGAACCUACUGUAUCUAGGUGCAUUGCGUGUCAGAACACAAAAUCUGCUAACAAAAGUGGAUCUUCAUUUGUUCAUCAGGCUUCAUUUACAUUUGGCCAGGGAGAUCUUCCUAAACCUGUUAACAGUGACUUCAGAUCUGUUUUUUCUACAAAGGAAGGACAGUGGGAGUGCAGUGUAUGUUUGGUACAAAAUGAGGGGAGCUCUACAAAAUGUGCUGCUUGUCUGAAUCCGAGAAAACAGAGUCUACCUGCUACUGCUAUUCCAACACCUGCCUCUUUUAAGUUUGGUACUUCAGAGACAAGUAAAACUCCAAAAAGUGGAUUUGAGGACAUGUUUGCUAAGAAGGAAGGACAGUGGGAUUGCAGUUCAUGCUUAGUGCGAAAUGAAGCAAAUGCUACAAGAUGUGUUGCUUGUCAGAAUCCAGAUAAACCAAGUCCAUCUACUUCUGUUCCAGCUCCUGCCUCUUUUAAGUUUGGUACUUCAGAGACAAGCAAGGCUCCAAAGAGCGGAUUUGAGGGAAUGUUCACUAAGAAGGAAGGACAAUGGGAUUGCAGUGUGUGCUUAGUAAGAAAUGAAGCCAGUGCCACCAAAUGUAUUGCGUGUCAGAAUCCAGGUAAACAAAAUCAAACUGCUUCUGCAAUUUCAACACCUGCCUCUUCAGAGACAAGCAAGGCUCCAAAGAGCGGAUUUGAGGGAAUGUUCACUAAGAAGGAAGGACAAUGGGAUUGCAGUGUGUGCUUACUAAGAAAUGAAGCCAGUGCUACCAAAUGUAUUGCUUGUCAGAAUCCAGGUAAACAAAAUCAGACUACUACUGCAAUUUCAACACCUGCCUCUUCAGAGACAAGCAAGGCUCCAAAGAGUGGAUUUGAGGGAAUGUUCACUAAGAAGGAAGGACAGUGGGAUUGCAGUAUGUGCUUAGUAAGAAAUGAAGCCAGUGCUACCAAAUGUAUUGCUUGUCAGUAUCCAAGUAAACAAAAUCAAACAACUGCAAUUUCAACACCUACCUCUUCGGAGGUAAGCAAGGCUCCAAAGAGUGGAUUUGAAGGAAUGUUCAUCAAGAAAGGACAGUGGGAUUGUAGUGUUUGCUGUGUACAAAAUGAGAGUUCUUCCUUAACAUGUGUGGCUUGUGAUGCCUCUAAACCAACUCAUAAACCUAUUGCAGAAGCUCCUUCAGCUUUCACAUUGGGCUCAGAAAUGAAGUUGCAUGACUCUUCUGGAAGUCAGGUGGGAACAGGAUUUAAAAGUAAUUUCUCAGAAAAAGCUUUUAAGUUUGGCAAUACAGAGCAAGGAUUCAAAUUUGGGCAUGUGGAUCAAGAAAAUUCACCUUCAUUUAUGUUUCAGGGUUCUUCUAAUACAGAAUUUAAGUCAACCAAAGAAGGAUUUUCCAUCCCUGUGUCUGCUGAUGGAUUUAAAUUUGGCAUUUCGGAACCAGGGAAUCAAGAAAAGAAAAGUGAAAAGCCUCUUGAAAAUGAUUCUGGCUUCCAGGCUCAGGAUAUUAGUAGCCAGAAGAAUGGUAGUGGUGUGAUUUUUGGUCAAACAAGUAGCACUUUUACAUUUGCAGAUCUUGCAAAAUCAACCUCAGGAGAAGGAUUUCAGUUUGGCAAAAAAGACCCCAAUUUCAAGGGAUUUUCAGGUGCUGGAGAAAAAUUAUUCUCAUCACAAUGUGGUAAAAUGGCCGAUAAAGCAAACACUUCUGGUGACUUUGAGAAAGAUGAUGAUGCCUAUAAGACUGAGGACAGUGAUGACAUCCAUUUUGAACCAGUAGUUCAAAUGCCUGAAAAAGUAGAACUUGUAACAGGAGAAGAAGAUGAAAAAGUUUUGUAUUCACAGCGGGUAAAACUAUUUAGGUUUGAUGCUGAGAUAAGUCAGUGGAAAGAAAGGGGCUUGGGGAACUUAAAAAUUCUCAAAAAUGAGGUCAAUGGCAAACUAAGAAUGCUGAUGCGAAGAGAACAAGUACUAAAAGUGUGUGCUAAUCAUUGGAUAACGACUACGAUGAAUCUGAAGCCUCUCUCUGGAUCAGACAGAGCAUGGAUGUGGUUAGCCAGUGAUUUCUCUGAUGGUGAUGCCAAACUAGAGCAGUUGGCAGCAAAAUUUAAAACACCAGAGCUGGCUGAAGAAUUCAAGCAGAAGUUUGAGGAAUGCCAGCGGCUUCUGUUAGACAUACCACUUCAAACUCCCCAUAAACUUGUAGAUACUGGCAGAGCUGCCAAGUUAAUACAGAGAGCUGAAGAAAUGAAGAGUGGACUGAAAGAUUUCAAGACAUUUUUGACAAAUGAUCAAACAAAAGUCACUGAAGAAGAGAAUAAGAAUUCAGGUACAGGUUCUGCCAGUGCCUCAGACACAACAAUAAAACCCAAUCCCGAAAACACUGGGCCCACAUUAGAAUGGGAUAACUAUGAUUUAAGGGAAGAUGCUUUGGAUGAUAGUGUUAGUAGUAGCUCAGUACAUGCUUCUCCAUUGGCAAGUAGCCCUGUGAGAAAAAAUCUUUUCCGCUUUGGUGAGUCAACAACAGGAUUUAACUUCAGUUUUAAAUCUGCUUUGAGUCCAUCUAAGUCUCCUGCCAAGUUGAAUCAGAGUGGGACAUCAGUUGGCACUGAUGAAGAAUCUGAUGUUACUCAAGAAGAAGAGAGAGAUGGACAGUACUUUGAACCUGUUGUUCCUUUACCUGAUCUAGUUGAAGUAUCCAGUGGUGAGGAAAAUGAACAAGUUGUUUUUAGUCACAGGGCAAAACUCUACAGAUACGAUAAAGAUGUUGGUCAGUGGAAAGAAAGGGGCAUUGGUGAUAUAAAGAUUUUACAGAAUUAUGAUAAUAAGCAAGUUCGUAUAGUGAUGAGAAGAGACCAAGUAUUAAAACUUUGUGCCAAUCACAGAAUAACUCCAGACAUGACUUUGCAAAAUAUGAAAGGGACAGAAAGAGUAUGGGUGUGGACUGCAUGUGAUUUUGCAGAUGGAGAAAGAAAAGUAGAGCAUUUAGCUGUUCGUUUUAAACUACAGGAUGUUGCAGACUCAUUUAAGAAAAUUUUUGAUGAAGCAAAAACAGCCCAGGAAAAAGAUGCUUUGAUAACACCUCAUGUUUCUCGGUCAGGCACUCCCAGAGAGUCACCAUGUGGCAAAAUUGCUGUAGCUGUAUUAGAAGAGACCACAAGAGAGAGGACAGAUGUUAUUCAGGGUGAUGAUGUAGCAGAUGCAACUUCAGAAGUUGAAGUGUCCAGCACAUCUGAAACAACAACAAAAGCAGUGGUUUCUCCUCCAAAGUUUGUAUUUGGUUCAGAGUCUGUUAAAAGCAUUUUUAGUAGUGAAAAAUCAAAACCAUUUGCAUUUGGCAACAGUUCAGCCACUGGGUCUUUGUUUGGAUUUAGUUUUAAUGCACCUUUGAAAAGUAACAAUAGCGAAACUAGUUCAGUAGCCCAGAGUGGAUCUGAAAGCAAAGUGGAACCUAACAAAUGUGAACUGUCAAAGAACUCUGAUACCGAACAGUCUUCAGAUAGCAAAGUCAAAAAUCUCUUUGCUUCCUUUCCAACGGAAGAAUCUUCAAUCAAUUACACAUUUAAAACACCAGAAAAGGCAAAAGAGAAGAAAAAACCUGAGGAUUCUCCCUCAGAUGAUGACGUUCUCAUUGUAUAUGAACUAACUCCAACCGCUGAGCAGAAAGCCCUUGCAACCAAACUGAAACUUCCUCCAACUUUCUUCUGCUACAAGAAUAGACCAGAUUAUGUUAGUGAAGAAGAGGAGGAUGAUGAAGAUUUCGAAACAGCUGUCAAGAAACUUAAUGGAAAACUGUAUCUGGAUGGCUCAGAAAAAUGUAGACCCUUGGAAGAAAAUACAGCAGAUAAUGAGAAAGAAUGUAUUAUUGUUUGGGAAAAGAAACCAACAGUUGAAGAGAAGGCAAAAGCAGAUACGUUAAAACUUCCACCUACAUUUUUUUGUGGAGUCUGUAGUGAUACUGAUGAAGACAAUGGAAAUGGGGAAGACUUUCAAUCAGAGCUUCAAAAAGUUCAGGAAGCUCAAAAAUCUCAGACAGAAGAAAUAACUAGCACAACUGACAGUGUAUAUACAGGUGGGACUGAAGUGAUGGUACCUUCUUUCUGUAAAUCUGAAGAACCUGAUUCUACUACCAAAUCCAUUAGUUCACCAUCUGUUUCCUCUGAAACUAUGGACAAACCUGUAGAUUUGUCAACUAGAAAGGAACUUGAUACAGAUUCUACAAGCCAAGGGGAAAGCAAAAUAGUUUCAUUUGGAUUUGGAAGUAGCACAGGGCUCUCAUUUGCAGACUUGGCUUCCAGUAAUUCUGGAGAUUUUGCUUUUGGUUCUAAAGGUAAGAUGAAGAGGAGAGACUUUCGAGACCAGGUUUUUAAAGUGUGUGCAAACCACGUUAUUACUAAAACAAUGGAAUUAAAGCCCUUAAAUGUUUCAAAUAAUGCUUUAGUUUGGACUGCCUCAGAUUAUGCUGAUGGAGAAGCAAAAGUAGAACAGCUUGCAGUGAGAUUUAAAACUAAAGAAGUAGCUGAUUGUUUCAAGAAAACAUUUGAAGAAUGUCAGCAGAAUUUAUUGCAACUCCAGAAAGGACAUGCAGCAGAAUUAUCAAAAGAGACCAAUCCUGUGGUGUUUUUUGAUGUUUGUGCGGACGGUGAACCUCUAGGGCGGAUAACUAUGGAGUUAUUUUCGAACAUUGUUCCUCGGACUGCUGAGAACUUCAGAGCACUAUGCACUGGAGAGAAAGGCUUUGGUUUCAAGAAUUCCAUUUUUCACAGAGUAAUUCCGGAUUUUGUUUGCCAAGGAGGAGAUAUCACCAAACAUGAUGGAACAGGCGGACAGUCCAUUUAUGGAGAUAAAUUUGAAGAUGAAAAUUUUGAUGUGAAACAUACUGGUCCUGGUUUACUAUCCAUGGCCAAUCAAGGCCAGAAUACCAAUAAUUCUCAAUUUUUUAUAACACUGAAAAAAGCAGAACAUUUGGACUUUAAGCAUGUAGUAUUUGGGUUUGUUAAGGAUGGCAUGGAUACUGUGAAAAAGAUUGAAUCAUUUGGUUCUCCCAAAGGGUCUGUUUGUCGAAGAAUAACUAUCACAGAAUGUGGACAGAUAUAAAAUCAUUGUGUUUCAUAGAAAAUUUUAUCUGUAUAAGCAGCUGAAUUGAAGCUUAGUUAUUACAAUUUGAUAAUUAUGUUCAGCUUUUGAAAAUGGACGUUUCUGAUGUACAGAUGUAAAAUUGCAGCUUAUAGCUGUUGUCACUUUUUAAUAUGUUAUAAUUGACCUUGCAUGGUGUGAAAUAAAAGUUUAAACACUGGUGUAUUUCAGGUGUACUUGUGUUUAUGUACUCCUGACAUAUUUGUAUUAAAAUGGAAUAAUACUAAUCUUGUUAAAAGCAAUAGACCUCAAACUAUUGAAGGAAUAUGAUAUAUGCAAUUUAAUUUUAAUUCCUUUUAAGAUAUUUGGACUUCCUGCAUGGAUAUACUUACCAUUUGAAUAAAGGGACCACAAUUUGGAUAAUUUUACUUUAGAUUUGAAAUAUAUUUGGUAAUCUUAACUAUUGGUAUACUCAUUUAUGCAUAGAGACUCAUUUAUGAAUGGGUAGAGCCACAGAACGUACAGAGUUAACCAAAGUGCUCUUCUCUAGAAUCUUUACACCUCCUGUGUGGUUACAAGUUAACUUUGUAAGUAGUGUACCUUCCUUCCUUAAAAUAUCUAGCUUCCUGUGCUCUUUCAUAGGUAUUCAAUUAAUUUUUACAUUUUAAACAAGUUGACUAUUUCCUUUAGGGGUUUUGUUUUAAACUUUUCUGUCAUCUGUCUCUACUACCUCAGAAACUGCAGCUUGGUUCUGAUGAUAGAAAUUGAAUUUUUCCUUGUAGUUACUGUGAUAAAGUAUGAAUAUUUUUAGAAAGUCUAUGCCAUGUUAUUUGGUUAAAGAUUUGCUUUAUACAGGAUUGUUGCAGUACCCUUUUCUGGUAAAUUUUAUAGCAGAAAUAAAAUGACAAUUCAUAAGAGCCACUGACAUUCAAAAAAUUCAUUACUUGUGCUUCUGGUUAUUCUAAAGGAAGACAAUUCAGAGGCAGUAAAUUCAAACUGCCGCCUAACUUCCAGAGCUAGUUUCUCAAGUUUGAUAUACACUGAAAAUGUAUUUGGAAAUGGCUUGUAUCAAAUGUUAGGCAAAUUGCUAAAGAAAAGAGGAUGUUCUUAUUGGCCUACUCGAUAUGGAACUACAAAGAAUCCAGGUAGAACACAAAAUUCUGCAUAUUGCAAUUAUGAAUACUGACUCUCUUCCACCCAAAGAACACAUUCUUUCUGGUGAAAUUACCUCAUUUUAUUUAGUGAGGAAAGACAGGUUUAUUCCCUGUUAUAUGGGGAUUUGGAAAUUGGGUAUCCUAAAGCAAGUAACUGUUCAAAAGAGGGGAGGGAUGUUGUGCGAGUAAUGAGUGAUGGUAUACAAUCACCAUUCCACUCAGCCACAAAGCCAGAUACCUGAAAUAAACCUACUCAAGAACCAUGGAUUACAUAUGUUUACACUAAAUAUUUCAAAUUGGCUUAUUUGGAAAUCUAUGUAAUAUAAACUGAUGUAAAGUGUGUUGUAACUUUUCAGCUGAGACAGCUGAUGCCUUCGUCAUGAUUUCAGAAUAAAUUCUUAACAAUGCAAGUGCGUUUUAAGAGACUUUUUACAGAUUUCUGUGCUUUCCUGAAGCAUUAAAGUUACAAAUUAAAAAGCUUUAAACUUUGACCAAAAAUUUGACAAAAUGACAUGUAAACUGACUUUUCUAGUAUUAGUAUUCCAAAGAUGCUUAACAGUGGCUUGUGGCAUUUAUGAGAAAGUCUUUGUGUCACAUUUCAGGAAAGGACUUUGAUUUUGUUAUUUAAUCACUGAUGUGGUCUAAACCCACAAUGAUAUGUAUCUUUCCUUUUAAACUGGAUUUUAUAUUGUCUCAUUGAAAUCUGCUUAAAGAUAGAAUAAAGUAAUUCAUUAUUUGUA